AUGGCAGGAGAAGUGAGGAGGAUCACAAGGCCUAGAGGUGUCAGCGCAAGGCUGAGGCUGCAUGGGAAUGUUGGAGCUCUGAAGCAACUAGUUGAAGAGGGUAAAGUAAGAUGCAUAGGUCUAUCUGAAGCCUCUCCGGAAACAAUCCGGAGGGCUCAUGCUGUUCAUCCCAUAACAGCUGUGCAACUAGAAUGGUCCUUGUGGACAAGAGAUGCUGAGGAAGUGAGCAUCCCAAGGUUUCAGGAGGAGAAUAUUGGGCACAAUAACAAGCUGUUCGAACGGGUUACUGAUCGAAUUGGCAACAAGGAAGGGUUGUACUACAUCCCAAUUGGCCUUAGCAUGGGUUCAUCACCAAGGGGACGACGUCUGUCCCAUUCCUGGCACCACCAAGAUUGA